AUGACCGAACCUGCGUCUGCGCAGAGACCGUUUCUGCCAAAUUCAUUUGUACCUUCGCUUAUGCGGGUUGCUGUCAUCUUGGCUUCGGACCACCGCCGUGUGUCAGAUGAUGAUUCGCUGGAUCUACUGCUUCACCACUCCCGAGAAUCGGCCCUGUUCACGACAGAUCUUGAGCACCCAACACGUGCUAUCUCAUUGCUGCUCUGGGUCUUCACUGCCAGGUCUCUUCGACUGAUGCUGUACUCCCGGCUCGGUUGUGCUCAUGGUUCCGUCGAGCUGGCUUUCAACAUCUCCUGGAUGACUCCCUCGCUACGGUACGGAUGUGUUCCUACGUGCCGCUUUUUGGUCCUGGCUCUCGGGUCUAGAAGAUACACUCCAGCAAGAUACACUCCAGCAAGAUACAUACAGCAUGUUGUAGCUUCGCCCACCUUCGCGGUGUUUGCCAACGAUCGUCAAUGUUCUGUCGCCGUAAUGUUGGGCAUGGGAUGGAAAUGCGUACAUCGCAAUGUGGCGAUGUACGCACCCUUCUCACCUACCCCCGUGUAUGAGGAUAGUCAGUCCUCGGCUAGGCAUAUCUUUGAGCCCAAGAGAGUCAUUUAUCCGCACACGCGCCUAUUAGCUGCCAUUGCAGCGCUUAUUGCCAACGUUGAUCUUACCAGUCGGCAGGAUAUCGGCUGGUCGGGCUUCAACGAUGUUUCAUUUGCUGUACGGGUGUAUACCGCGUUAUUCCCUGUGUUUAGACGACCUAGAAGCGCGAAUAGAAAGUCUAUCCGCGUUGAGUACUACGUCGGCACAACCACACCCCAAAAAUGGCGUCGACUGAUUUGCCCCGGCCGCAAGUCUUGCUGA